CGCUAUCCACUGGGCAUGUCAGGUGGGCAUAUCCCUGACGAGGACAUUUCUGCUUCCAGCCAGUGGUCUGAAUCCACAGCUGCUAAAUAUGGAAGGCUGGGUUCUGAAGAAGGUGAUGGUGCUUGGUGCCCUGAGAUCCCUGUGGAACCAGAUGACCUCAAGGAGUUCCUGGAGAUUGAUUUGCAUGCUCUGCACUUUAUCACGCUGGUGGGGACCCAAGGCCGCCAUGCGGGAGGGCACGGCAACGAGUUUGCUCCAAUGUACAAAAUUAAUUACAGCCGGGAUGGCGCCCGCUGGAUCACCUGGCGGAACAGGCAUGGAAAGCAGGUGGUUGAUGGAAACACCAACCCUUAUGACAUUGUCCUCAAAGAUUUGGAGCCGCCUAUAAUUGGCCGAUUUAUUCGGUUUAUCCCUGUGACUGACCACUCCACAAAUGUCUGCCUGCGGGUAGAGAUCUAUGGCUGUGUCUGGUUGGAUGGGUUGGUUUCAUACAGCGCUCCAGCAGGGCAGCAGUUGGUUCUCCCUGGUGGCACUGUGAUUUAUCUCAAUGAUUCGAUCUACGAUGGAGCUUUUGGCUACAGCAUGACAGAAGGGUUAGGCCAGCUGACCGAUGGGGUUUCAGGCCUGGAUGAUUUCAGUCAGACCCACGAAUACCACGUAUGGCCUGGUUACGACUACAUUGGCUGGCGCAAUGAGAGCACCGUGAACGGCAAUGUGGAAAUCAUCUUUGAAUUUGACCGGAUCAGAAACUUCACCACUAUGAAGGUUCACUGCAACAACAUGUUUGCCAAAGGAGUGAAGAUCUUCAAGGAGGUGCAAUGCCAGUUCCGCUCUGAUGCAAAUGAAUGGGAGCCAAAUGCCAUCUCUUCGGUGCCAAUACUUGAUGAUGUGAAUCCCAGCGCCCGCUUUGUCACGGUGCCCCUAUUCCAUCGCAUGGCUAGUGCCAUUAAAUGCCAGUUCUACUUUGCUGACACCUGGAUGAUGUUCAGUGAGAUCACCUUCCAGUCAGAUGCAGCCAUGUACAACAAUUCUGGAGCCCUUCCUGAGUUUUCCGUUACCCCCACUACUUAUGAUCCAACCCUCAAAGUGGAUGACAGCAACACCCGCAUCUUGAUCGGCUGCCUGGUGGCCAUCAUUUUCAUCCUGGUGGCCAUCAUCGUAAUCAUCCUCUGGAGGCAGUUUUGGCAAAAGAUGCUGGAAAAGGCUUCUCGCCGGAUGCUGGAUGAUGAAAUGACUGUCAGCCUCUCUCUGCCCAGUGAGUUCAGCGUGUUCAACCACAACCGCUCCACCUCAUCAAGUGAGCGAGAGUCCAACUCCACGUAUGACCGCAUAUUCCCCCUGGGUCCAGACUACCAGGAGCCCUCUCGGCUGAUCCGCAAGCUGCCUGAAUUCACCCCAGGGGAAGAUGAGGCAGGUUGCAGCGGCGCCACCAAACCUGCCCAGCCAGGUGGAGCUGAAGGAGUCCCUCAUUAUGCAGAGGCAGACAUUGUCAACCUGCAGGGGGUGACCGGCAGCAACACUUAUUCGGUCCCUGCUCUCACUAUGGACUUGCUGUCUGGCAAAGACGUGGCUAUGGCUGAAUUUCCUAGGAAGCUGCUAACUUUCAAGGAGAAGCUGGGAGAAGGCCAGUUUGGAGAGGUCCACCUGUGUGAAGUGGAAGGGAUGGAGAAGUUUGCGGACAAGGAUUUUGUUCUGGAUGGCAGUGCUGGCCAAUCUGUCCUGGUGGCUGUGAAAAUGCUGCGGGCUGAUGCCAACAAGAAUGCCAGGAAUGACUUUCUCAAGGAGAUUAAAAUCAUGUCCCGGCUGAAGGACCCCAACAUCAUCCGGCUGUUGGCUGUGUGCAUCGCCGAUGACCCUCUCUGCAUGAUCACAGAGUACAUGGAGAACGGGGACCUCAAUCAGUUCUUGUCCCGCCAAGAGCCCCGGAGCUUGUCAGAGAGCUCCACCUCUUCCAUCAGCUACGCUGACCUGAAAUUCAUGGCUACACAGAUUGCUUCUGGCAUGAAGUAUCUGUCCUCCCUGAAUUUUGUGCACCGAGACCUGGCCACACGCAAUUGCCUAGUGGGGAAGAAUUACACCAUCAAGAUAGCUGACUUUGGGAUGAGCCGGAACCUCUACAGUGGCGACUACUACAGGAUCCAGGGCCGAGCAGUGCUCCCUAUCCGCUGGAUGUCGUGGGAGAGCAUCCUUUUGGGGAAAUUCACCACAGCAAGUGACGUGUGGGCGUUUGGUGUGACGCUCUGGGAGACCUUCACAUUUUGCCGUGAGCAGCCGUAUUCCCAGCUUUCAGAUGAGCAAGUCAUUGAGAACACUGGAGAGUUCUUCAGGGAUCAAGGGCGGCAGACGUACCUCCCACAGCCUGCGUUUUGCCCUGAUCCCGUGUAUAAGCUAAUGCUCAGCUGUUGGAGACGAGACACCAAAGACCGGCCUUCUUUCCACGAAAUCCAUCGCCUCCUUGAAGAGGCAACCACUUCAUAGUCAAUGCCUCUCAUUCGUACCCCAGAUACUCUGGAUCAUCUCUCAAAGAAACCCACACUUCAAGCUGAAGCAACUUCACCUGGACUUUCCAUUGCUUUGAGUAGCAGAGCUGGGACUUUAAUCAGCCACCAAAGGCA